GCCCGGCUCUUCCAGGCAUUCUUGUCCAAGGGAGCGGAGGCUUCUGGGAGUUGAAGUCCAAAGCCUGGAGGACCAGAGGCGACUUGAAGGCUAACCUCCGAGAUCUGGAACUACAGGUGGCUAGAGAGGACUUCCUGCGGUGUUUUGUUUUGGGCGGAUGUGGGCUGUGUCCUCCUCUUCCUGGUCCGGCUUCUCCUCCAAAAGCGGCUUCUUGGGAAACUCGUGCCUUUGGCUUUUCUUUCUGGGAGGAUUUUGGAGGAAAAGGAGAAACACCUGAGGCGGAGUUCUUGGGUUUAAAGGGAAGAAACCGGAGGGAGGAAGUUUUCCAGGCGGUAAGCUCCAGGUGUAUGUUUAGAUUGCCGCAGUAGACUCUACCAUUUCCCAGCAUUUCAGGCUAGUAUUGUCCGAGGAUGAAAAUGGAGACCCGAGAAGACCUUACAAGUCUUAUACCAAGGCAGGUGUCAUGGGAAGUGAGAGGGAGCUGCCAUGUUGGGACGACGGAGGCAUUCCUGCCAAGGAGACCAAUGGAGGUGAAACAGGAACCUGACAACUCGCUUCAGCAGUGGGAAACCCAAUGGCAAGAGUUCCUGAAGGGUGUGGAAGGCCCUCACCCAAACUGGGGCACCUCUCAGUCGAGGGAGGAGCCGUGGGACGACGCCAAAGCCUUCCUGGCCUCCUUUGAGCAAGUGGCCCAAGCCUGCCGGUGGCCCAAGGAAGAGUGGGUGCCCUGGCUCCUGCCAGCAUUGAGCGGAGAGGCCAAGCGGGCCUUCACCGGCCUGGAGGCCGAAGGCAGGGAGGAUUAUGGGAAAGUGAAGGCCGCCAUCUUGCACAAGGAUGCCAUGCGGCGGGAAGAAGUGCGGCAGUGUUUCCGGCGUUUCCGCUACCGGGAGGCCGAGGGGCCGAGAGAGGCUUAUGGACAGCUUCAGGAACUGUGUUGCCGGUGGCUGAAAGUUGAAAGGCAUUCAAAGGAGCAGAUCCUGGAGCUGCUGGUCUUGGAGCAGUUCUUGGACGUCCUGCCUCCAGAGAUAGAGGCCUGGGUCAAGGAAUGUGGUCCAGAGACUUGCUCCCAGGCAGUGGCCUUGGCGGAGGACUUCCUCCAGAAGCAGCGAGAGGCCAAGAGGCAGGCAAACCAGGUGAAGACCGUUCAUUGGGUUCCAGGCUUCUCAAAGGGCUGCUUUGUGCAAGGCUUGACUCAUCUAGCCAGGGUGCCGUUAGAGGAAGAGGAGACGGUGGGUUCCCCUAAAGGUGUCCAAGCCCUGCCUGAGAUGGAGCAGAAGGAGUUUAGUGUGGAGACCAAAGAGGAAGAUGAUGAUGGGGAUACUGGACACUUGGGCGAUGAAAGGAAAAGUGAGAAUGAGAGGCAACCAGGCUCGGCUCUUCCAGGCAUUCUUGUCCAAGGGAGCGGAGGCUUCUGGGAGUUGAAGUCCAAACCCUGGAGGACCAGAGGCGUCUUGAAGGCAAACCUCCGAGAUGUGGACCUACAGGUGGCUAGAGAGGACUUCCUGCGGUGUUUUGUUUUGGGCGGAUGUGGCCCGUGUCCCCUCUUCCUGGUCCGGCUUCUCCUCCAAACGCGGCUUCUUGGGAAACUCGUGCCUUUGGCUUUUCUUUCUGGGAGGAUUUUGGAGGAAAAGGAGAAACGCCUGAGGCGGAGUUCCUGGGUUUAG